UGAGACUCGUGUUGGCAGGAGCAGAGAAGACUUGAUGAAUGAGACCUGCUUUUACAUCUCUCUAUCUGACAGCUGAAGAAACAGCAGUCUGAACCAGUCCAGAACAUAAGUAUGAAGUUUAGCACAGCUUUCAGUGUUGUUGGAGUUAUACUUCUCAGCAUAGCAGGUUCUCUCUGCCAGUUAGAUGUGUGUGGUCGAGCCCCUCUCAGCAACAGGAUUGUUGGAGGGGAGGAUGUGACGGCAGGAGCCUGGCCGUGGCAAGUCAGCAUUCAUGUCAUCGGCUUUGGCCGAUGUGGCGGGACUCUGAUCACCAAAGACUGGGUUUUAUCUGCAGCUCAGUGUUUCAGGAAUUUUGGUGUGUCUGACACACUGAUGUAUUUUGGGCGUCUGAACCAAUCCGGCCCAAACCCUCAUGAGAUAAUCAGGACAGCGAGUCGAAUCAUCAGACAUAGUAACUAUAACAGUUCUACUUUUGACAAUGACAUAGCACUGGUCCAGCUCUCCUCAUCUGUGACCUUCUCUGAUUACAUUAAGCCGGUCUGUCUGGCGGCGGCUGGUAGUGUAUUUAAUGCAGGUACAGAGAACUGGGUCACUGGAUGGGGCACGCUACAGUCUGGAGGCCAGUCUCCUGAUACACUGCAGGAGGUGAUGAUACCAAUUGUGAACAACACUGACUGUGAUAAUGCUUAUGAAGGGAUCAACAUAAGCAUCACAGGCAAUAUGAUUUGUGCUGGAUUGUUAAAUCAGGGAGGAAAAGAUUCAUGUCAGGGAGACGGUGGAGGUCCAAUGGUCAGUAAGAAAGACUCUCUGUGGAUUCAGUCCGGCAUUGUGAGUUUUGGUGCAGGAUGUGCUCACCCCAGAUAUCCCGGUGUGUACACCAGAGUCUCUCAGUACCAGAACUGGAUCAAGUCUUACAUAAGCAGCAACCCACCUGGAUUUGUUGAAUUCAACACUGAUGUUCAGCAGUCACCUCCAACUACAACUCCAACUAAAACUCCAACUCUAACAUCUAACUCCAGCUUCAGAAGUGUACCCAACCUCUUCUUAUUUUCCCUUUCUCUCACGUUCUCCAUCAUUCCUUUCACCUUCUAUUCCCUCUAUCUCUCUUUCUAAAGAUUGAUUGAACAGUAAUUCUCAGGCUUUCUUUGAAGUGGACAGUUGUGCUGUACAUGUUAUUUAUAUUAUACAUUACAUGUACAUUAUAUUGUGAUUCAUGAAAAGCUUUCUUUUUGACAUUAUAAGAGCAUACACUAAUGAAGUUCCUGCUUCUGUACUCUGGAAUUCAGCAUGUUUUCAUAAGUAGUGGAGAUUGAAGAAUAUUAUUAAUAUUAUUAUAACAAUACCAUUUCUUUUUUUUUUUUGUUUAUAUGUGAUAACCAGCUUAACUGAUUUAGGGUCUUCUAAGAAAAAAUGAUGAGGACAUUGAAGAUCUCGAUGAAGAAGUUCAUUGCAGCAUAGCAGUGACAAAGUACACAUAGCACCUUGGGUUCAUUGGAGUCGGAAUGAACCCAGAACAUCCAAAUCUCAAACCUUUUAUCCUGUUACAGUUUACCACUCUUCAUUUAAAUGUAGUUUCUCAUGUUUUACCAGCAGUGGUCUGUAUGUUAAUGAAGUCAUUGUCUGAGAUGGUUCUCUGUGUCCCACACCCAUUCCCAUUCAACAAUUGAUGACCAUUUGAUCAGGAUUUGAUCAACCCAAAUGGUACAUAAACAAUAUACCAGUUGACUUUCUUCUUCUCUAUGAUAAUAAAGCCAUUUUGGGGAUGAGCUCAUUCUAAAAUAUACUUUGGAGUGGAAUCUGGGUCGAGGCAGACUACAAUUUCUUACAGUCUGGAGCUUUGCAUUGGAUCCUGCUUGUUGAAAAUGUAAUUAUCUUUCUUAUUUUCUUUAUCUUUAUGUAAUUAUCUAAUCAAUCAACAUGUUGUAGUCACACUAAGCAGAAUAAACACAAAAGAAUGA